AUGGAUAAUUACAAGAAGAAAACACCCGGCCGGGUGCAGCAUCUGGAGUAUACCCAAAUACGUCCGCAGCUCACCGGAGGUAGCAAGUCCGAGCUCACUGGAUACAUUUUCGGUCGUAUGAAGUCCGAGCUAAACGAUGUACCGGCACAGACGGCCGCCGGCUCCACCUUACCCUUGGUGGACCUGAUCAAGGAUGACGAGGAGGCGGGAACGUACAACCCGUUUGAAAACCGCAAGGUGACGCAUCCGACAACUGACAUGGAAACGUUGGUCCAUCUGCUGAAGGGCUCGCUAGGAUCGGGAAUUCUUGCCAUGCCCUUGGCAUUCGUGAAUGCCGGGCUGUGGUUCGGAUUGGUCGCCACGGUUGCGAUUGGUGCGAUUUGUACCUACUGCAUCCAUAUUCUGGUGCGCUGCUCGCACAUCUUGUGCCGGCGCGCACAGCUACCUUCACUGGGGUUUGCUGAUGUCGCGGAGGUUGCGUUCCUUGCCGGUCCGGAGCAGCUGAAAAAAUACUCUCGGCUUGCCCGGUUCAUCAUCAACCUGUUCCUGGUGAUAGAUCUGAUCGGUUGCUGCUGUAUCUAUAUCGUGUUUGUGGCGACCAACCUGAAGCAGGUAGUGGAUCACUACACUCAUUCCUACUGGGAUGUGCGCAUUUACAUCCUGAUGUUGCUGGCUCCACUGAUCCUGCUUAACCUGAUCCGUAAACUGAAGUAUUUGACACCGUUCUCGCUGAUCGCCAACGUGCUGAUUGGUGCUGGUGUUGGAAUCACGCUGUACUACAUCGUCACCGAUCUGCCAGCUCUGUCGGAACGUAAAGCUAUCGCUGAAGUUCAGCAUAUGCCAAUGUUCUUCGGCACUGUCAUCUUCGCGCUGGAGGGUAUCGGUGUAGUUAUGUCGCUGGAGAACAACAUGAAGAACCCGCAGAACUUUAUUGGAUGUCCGGGUGUGCUUAAUACCGGAAUGUCUGUUGUGGUAAUGCUGUAUGCUACUGUUGGCUUUUUGGGCUAUCUGAAGUAUGGAGAAGAUACCAAGGGCAGCAUCACAUUGAAUCUUCCGGUAGAGGAUGUGCUGGCUCAAAUGGUAAAGCUCAUGAUUGCGGUAGCCAUCUUCCUUACCUAUGCGCUUCAGUUCUACGUGCCCAUGGAGAUCAUCUGGAAAAACAUCAAAGGAAACUUCAACGAGCACCAGAACGUUGCUGAGUACACCCUGCGAAUUGGCCUAGUGAUCCUUACUGUUAUAAUUGCUGCAGCACUGCCCAACUUGGGACCGUUCAUCACACUCAUCGGGGCUGUGUGUCUGAGCACACUUGGUUUAAUGUUUCCCGCUGUCAUUGAGCUGGUUACGUUCUACGAAAAGCCCGGCUUCGGACGAUUCAACUGGAUCCUGUGGAAGAAUGUGUUUCUCAUCCUGUUUGGUGUGGUCGGUUUCGUUACCGGCACUUACGUCAGUAUAGUGGAGUUCUCGGAGCAUCUCGAAGAAGUGUAAGGCCGCCGACAUCCGUCAACACCUUUCAUCCCACUCGAACUCCCCUGGCGUGGCGGGAUACCGUGCAUCACAGCGCGACA